CAAACCAAUCAGGGGCUGUGAUUGCAUUGGUCAGCACGGCAUUGACCCGACGUGACAAAAUAGGCCCGGCGAUACCGAUCACUUUCCCUCCCCGGGGUCUGAAAUACCCAGCAAUUCCCUUCUCCCACCGUGGCCUCGUACUUUUCUCACACACAGGCUCGAAGCCAUUCAUUAUUUUCUUCCUCCGCUAUCAUCCCCUUCCCUCUUUUCCCGCGCGUUCUUUUGGCGACCAGCAGUCGUCAAAUGAACCUGCAUAGUUAUUAUUAUUUUGAUUGCAAGCAUUGCCUCUUCCCUCUGAAGAGGUCUCCCGCAAGAUAAAUGGUCUUCAAGCCGUUCACCCACCUCGCGCGCCAGAGUUUCACCAAAGCCUUCACCCAUGGCUAUGCUCAGUCGGUAGUUGCGGCCUCGCAGUCAUC